AAAUUGAAUCAACAUGGAAUAAUUCAUCAUAACGAGGAAAGAUUAUGAGUAGCAAAAUACUCCAAUCUAUUUUUUUUAAACUAAACUCAGACAGUUCGCAGGAUUUAUUCUGAAACAGGCUCUGAAUAUGACUAACGAAAAAGCAAAUUGUAUACUUGUUUGUGCAAUUUUAUUGUUACGUCUAACGAAAUCGCAAACCACUCAGUAUGGAGUCGCACGCAGCAUUCCCCUUUCGGAUAAGGGCAUUUCAGGCACACCCUUCAUUGUAUCAACGGGUGUCAGCCGAUUAAAAUGCAUGGAAGGUUGCAGACGACAUAAUUGUACGUCAUUCAAUUUUGGCGAGAACCGAUGCGAACUUCACGCGACGUUCGUCUGCGAGGGAAGUGAAGGGCUGGAGGCCCGACCUGGGUUCCGGUAUUAUGACGUAGAAGUUGGGGACAUGAUACCGAUGGCCGAUACGUUCAGGAACCACGAAAAUUGUCUCACCAUCGGACACUGCUCGCCGAAAUGUUAUUUCCCUACCACAACAACUACAACCAUACCUGAAAUAACCACGGCUGUUGCGACUACAUCGACUACUAGCACGACACUCUCUCCUUCUACGACCACAACUACUACAACUGCACCUACAACUUCGGGUAUGACAGCACUGGGGCCACCCGGACCGGGAGAUGUUACAUACAUUUGCCUGGUGAAUGCCGAUUGUACAGCUAGCAACUCCGACUGCAGGAAUGGGGUCGUGUGUGAGUGUGUUGCUGGCUACAGCUACCAUGCUGACACCAAGAGCUGCGUAACAAGCUGUCCGAAUGGAUACGGCACAACGUUUACUGGGACAACUGGAUUUUACGUGUUUGGAAAAGACCUUGGCGUAUACAACUACUACAACUUACCGGCCUUUAACGUGCCAUCAUGUCAACAGCAGUGUAUUGAUACGGUUGACUGCGUUUCGAUGGAAUAUGAUGACUCUAUACUUGACUGCUACAUGAGUGCUGUCACCAAGAUAGGCAACGAGGGGUCUUGGUCUUCAGAUCCAUUCUUUACCUAUUGGCAGCGAAAUUGUGCUUAAUGUCAUAUUGUAGACAAAUCAUUUUUGAUACAUCUGCGGCACGUGUGAAACCUAGUUAACAUGUAAUGUAAUAAGCAUUUUUUAUAUUAAUUUAGUAUUGGUCAUUGCUCAGAAGUGUUGAAAUAGUAGCAAUGCUUCCCUUAUUACAAAAUAUUAAGACUCGCAUUUGAUUGUCUGUACGAUACAAUUUGCGCUGAUUAAAGAUGAACCGGUCGACCUUUUAUGACAUAUGUAGGAAGAGAUUCGAUAUAAAGACCUUGGUCAUGUAUAUGAAAUACAUGAAAUGUUUUAUUUCAUUUUUUGUCACAGUAAUUUUAAAUAAAUGUUAAACUAUUCACGGUUGAG